AUGAGCAUGGCUUCGGUCCCUGCGAACGGAUCGAUACAUGGAAUUCCAGAAUAUAUCAAUUAUUUUCCAGUUAUCGAUUAUAGCGUUUUACAAGCAUUCAUUCCGAUUUUAUAUAUCAGUCCAACCGCAGUGAUUAUGGUGGUCAUUUUGGUAAAACAUCACUAUGCGAAAAUGAUGAUGAAUACGGCUUAUAUGGAUACAAAUAUAUUCAUUAUGAUCAUGUUUUAUUUCUUUUUUAAUGCGACAUUUUUCAUCGGUGAUUACAUCCGUCUCAAUCUCCCAUCAUCUGGCCUUGUGACUUCUCUUUGCGCCAAAACAGAACCUAAUUGGUGGUACACCUUAAUUAUUAUUUUCGCAUAUUCUGGAGACUAUGGAACGAUUUCUUGUCCAUUUCUGACAAGCCUAAUUAGAUUAAUAAUGAUUCUAUCUCCCCAUAACCAUGUGAAGUAUUGUAAAAUUUUAAUGCGAAGAUUCGUGUUCCCAUUCAUUAUCGCAAUCCCAAUAACUUUGACCCUCCGAAACAUCCCUGCAGUCGGUUACUGUAGGCAGAUGGGUCCACCGUUUCAUACAGGUGCAAUAGUUAUUUCUGAAGGCGAAUUCUAUACGAGAAUCAAUGUUAUUAUUCACAUAUCAUUUUCUUAUAUCACUUUCAUCAGUCAUGUUCUUAUGGGUGUUUUUAUGUUUUUUAAAAUUCGAAAAACGUCUUAUAACAACACAUCGAACCGAACCAGAGAAUUAAGCAAAAAAGCAGAGCUGUCUCUCACUCUCACCAUGGCUUCUUGUAUUGUUCCAUUUAUCACCAAUUCUAUUGUCUCGUUCACAUUCCUCUUGGACCGUCCAAACUGGGGUUAUGUAUUGUUCCUUCGAGUUAUUGGAAAUGAUUACGAAACUAUAAUGCUGCCAUGGGUUCUCUUUUUCACUCAUCCGUUGUUUCGAAGGAAAAAGGCUCCAAGAAUUAUUCAGAAUCAGGGAUCCAACAUUCGGAACAGCAAUAACAAUACUCCAAGAAGUUCGUCGCAAAUGUUUUGA